AUGUCCGACGACGAUAUUGAAAUCACUGCGUCGCGAAGCUCGCGUCGCAAUGCCGACAGACGAACCCCGCGAUUCAGUUGGAACUUAGCUUACGAGGAGACCUUCUUCAGAUCGUUAUGCGAGUCUAUGCAGAUGGGAUAUAAAGAGAAUCAUAGUUUCAAGUCGGGUGCUUGGGAACGCGCUGCCAUCGCUUUACGCGACAAGCAUGGAGCUUAUCCUGAGAAGAGUCACCUCAUCAAUAAGGCCGACAACGCGCGCAAGAAGUUCCGCAUGUGGAGAGGAUUAAGAGAGGAUCCCGAAUUUUUAUAUAACCCCACUACUAGAAUGGUUACAGCAAGUGAAGAGGCAUGGAGAAGACACUUCGAGAAAGAACCGUUAUCAAAAGCAUUAAGGGGUCGUCCUUUUGAUCAUGAAGAAUAUAUGGAGAUUCUAUUCCCCGAUGUUGUCGGUUCCGGAGGUGCACCGAAACGUAUUAUGAAGCCGAGACGGAGAAACCCCGACGGUAGUUUAGGUAGUUUACCAGGUAGACCGAGCACAGCAGAUCAAACCGUCAUCGAUCCCUCCCUCGACUCGAAUAUAUACACUCAGAGUCCGGUCCAAAACCAAACUCAGCAAACCCAACCUAUAAGCCAACCGGUGCCGACUCCUUCUGUUCCUCAGCCUAUGCAGAGACCUUCAUCAACAACCAUCCCUCCUCGAACAUCCAUAACCGCAAAUCCAAGUGCUCUUACGCCACCCGAUGAGCACGUCCCGAAUACCCAAGCGCAAAAACGGCCGAAUCCUAACCCGAACCCAAACCCUAAUUAUCCAGAGAAGCGUCGCGGUAGACCCUCGCGCUUUUCUUCCAACUUCUAUACCCAGCAGUCCACUAAUACGCCAUCCUCUUCUUCCGCCGCUCCUCGCGCUACUAGUCCCUCUGCGCCGCUUGGACUUCAUUCGUCCUUUACCUCUACCAACCUCGUCGAAGACGGCAUCUUAUCUCUAGCUGAGGCCCUCAAGACCCGUAGCCCGCCUAAAUGGUCAGAACAGGCGGUUGAGAUCUUUUUCCGCGAAUUUGCAGAAGAGGAUGCCGACUUGCAGCUAAAAAUCGCCGAGAAAGCUCUCACCGACGAGAAUAAAGCGAUGGUAUUCGUCAAGAUGACACCGGUGUUGCGGCGACAUUGGGUAGGCAGACUUAGAGAAGUCCACAUGCGAAAUCUAGGUGGCGGACUUGGCCUAGGAGGACGAGUCGGAGAGGAGGCUACUUAA